AUGUCAGAUGAUGAUGAAGAAGAAACACAGAAGUCGAACGGCUCUAUCAGAAAGGCGUUUCCCUCCCGAUCGAAUUCAACCAGCUCAUCUAGUUCGCCAGGCAAGCCCAGUGUCGCCGAACUUGUUGCAGAAUUACGCUCCGUCACCAAGUACACAUUUGGCGAGUUGGUUGCUACCGUACUAAAGUUCGAUCUCCUUGAUCCCGAGGAUCCGAAAUCACUGGCAUUUUGUAAGAAGACGCUUCAAAUGGCAAUGAAUCAGUUGGACUUGCCGGCACGAUCCCAGAAAUUACCCACGUUAUUUUUGGAGGGCGAAGUCGAGCUAACUGAGGUGGCUACGCUUAUCACAAAAAUCAAGGAGGACCCAAUUAUUGUCCGAGAAGGCGCAACUGUUUUGAUUAGUGCUUUGUUGACCGGGGUCUAUGAUUGUCGGUAUCGGGUGCUUCUCCGGCAUUUGACCACGUUGCUCGCAGUCGUUUGGGAUGAAUUUGAAAAGAUAGAAGAUUCAAUGGUCUGCUACCUUCUAGAAGAACCAUUCGUCGAGUCAGAGCAGGCCAAAAAGGCUCGAGAGAAGACGGCUCGCAAGAAGAAGUUCAAGCGCUACCUGAUGAUUGGCGCGGCCGGUGGAGUUGGUGGUGUUCUGAUCGGGUUAACAGGUGGGCUGGCGGCUCCACUCGUCGCUGUUGGGGCCGGAGCAGUGAUUGGUGGGGCUGCGACGGCGAUUGGAACUACUGCCGGUGCUGCGAUCCUCGGCACGACCUUCGGUGUGGCAGGAGCCGGACUUUCUGGUUACAAGAUGAAAAAGCGCGUGGGAGCGAUCGAGGAAUUUUCUGUUGAGAUCCUGAAGCAAGGCCAUUCCUUGAACUGCAUAAUGGCCAUUAGCGGUUGGGUCGAUAAGGAUUCAUCAAGCGAGCAGGCCUUCGUCUACCCCUGGCGCCAUCUCGAACAAAGCCACGAGCAGUACACGUUGCGAUAUGAGUCGACCUACCUGGCCGAAUUGGGACAGGCCAUCGACUAUCUGAUGAGCUUCGCUGUCAGUGUGGCUAUUCAGCAGACGUUGAUGGAAACAGCACUGGCCGGUCUUAUGUCGGCCGUUGCCUGGCCAGUGGCCAUCCUGUCAUGCGCGAGUGUUCUCGAUAACCCCUGGAAUGUGUGUAUCGCUCGUAGUGCCGAGGUUGGCGAGCACUUGGCGGAAAUUCUACUCGCUCGCUCUCACGGUGCCCGUCCGAUCUCGUUGAUUGGGUACUCGUUGGGAGCCCGUGUGAUCUAUCAUUGUCUGGUGGCCAUGAGCAAGCGGGCCGAUUCGGCCGGAAUCGUCGAGGACGUUGUGCUACUCGGCGCCCCUGUUUCCGCCUCGGCAAAGCAAUGGAACCAGAUGGCGAAGGUCGUGGGAGGGCGCAUCAUCAAUGGCUAUUGCGAGACCGAUUGGCUACUGCGCUUCGUCUACCGCACGAUGUCCGUCCAAUUCGGAAUUGCCGGCACGAGCCCGGUCACCGGUGCAAGUAAAAAGAUUGUCAACUACAACGUGUCGCACAUCGUGAAGGGGCAUAUGGAUUAUUCGAAGAAACUAACCGAGGUGCUGAAGGCCGUCGGCGUCAAGGUGUCUGCCCAUUCGCCCGACUCGAUCAGUUCAUUGGCGUCAAUGUGCGAGGAGGCAACGGAAGCUUCAGAAGGCGACACGACGGUGUCAAACUCACAUAUCCCAGGUCCCGAACUCACCGACGAAAUAUCAGUCCGCGAUCAUGCAUUCCACGCCCACGACGAGUCUUAUACAGCUUUGCGA